AUUUUGCGUAAGCUUUAAUAAAGCAGAAUGGCUUUUUUGUGUCCAGUUCGUAUACGUCGUGGAAAGAAAAAGAAACCUGGUGUGCAUAAUUUUAAUUUAGAAAAAGAUUGUGCUGGAGCAGGAGGAACAGGACUUGGUUUAGGAACAAAAGUACCAUUGCCUCCUGGUCGUAUAACAGGAAGUGCUAGUAUUGAGACAUUAGUCAGAGUAGGUAUAGAAAAAGAAAAUGGACUGUCACCAGAUAGUAAAAUGGUUAUUGUUUAUGAUUUCACACCAUGUGUAGAUGAUGAACUACAAGUAAAACGAGGCCAGGUUGUAAAUGUUUUAUAUAGAGAGAAUGAUUGGGUGUAUGUAAUAGCAGCUGAUACACGUAUGGAAGGUUUUGUUCCGCAUUCAUACUGUGCACCUUACACGUCUCAGCUUGCUGAAUUAACACUUGCUACUCUUAUGAACAACGUGAAAAAAAAAUUACCAAGAUCUAAUGAGACUGAUUGCGAUUUUAGUGGUACAGGUCGUUCACAAACAGUAGAUGCACAACAGACUGACACUGGAUCAGCAUCAGAUUGUGAAAGUUAUGCUCGUAAUGUUACUACAGCUGAUGUAAAUGUUAAUCGAUCUAAUAUUACACAAUCUCAAAAUUCUAUUCAAACUAUAUCCUCACAGCCAGAUGUGCACCCAUUUUUUAAGGAUCCAUCAGCUGGUAGAUACAUUGUACUUUAUACUUUUGUGGCUAGAGAUGAAAAUGAUGUUAGCGUAGAAAGGGGUGAAUUUGUAACUGUACUCAAUCGAGAUGAUCCUGAUUGGUUUUGGGUACUUAGACAUUGUGAUGGUAAUGAAGGAUUUGUGCCAUCUGGAUUUGUAUACCCAGGACAUGUUCUUCAUUCAUAUGCAACAACAAAUACUACAACUACCACUACUACUACAGUAGCUACAACAUCUACAGAAACUCAUGCUUUAGGAAAAGGGAACAAUAUGUCAGGAACUGAAUCACUGCAACAAAAAGGUUUACGAGAUUUUCGAGAUGACACAAACGGCACAGAAUUAGUUGUACUUUAUGAUUAUAAGGCGCAGGCGCCGGAUGACUUAUCUGUGAGAAGAGCUGACUGGAUAUAUGCAGAUUUAGGAAAUCAAACUGUCGAUGGUUGGUUGUGGGCAUAUGCGCCUAAAACUCGUAAAUAUGGAUUUAUUCCUAAAGCAUAUGCCCGACCUCCUGCGAUGACGAGUUUAUAAUA